UGCUCCGUAUAUAACGGCAUCAUUCUCAACCACUAGAGCUAGAGGUUUUUCAUUUGAUUACUACAAAAUAAUAUAUUCAAACCAAAAAGCAAUAGAUGAAUACCUUGAUUCUUUAAAUUUGGCAAGAAUCAUUUGAACCUAGUCAGAUUGAUUCCUUGUUAAAAUAUUAAAUAUCGGAAUGGGAGUUGCAGAAGAUUUUGCGCCAUUUUUUAUAAAAAAACCGCAGCUGAGGCAGGAAGAUGACGGAAAUCGCCUGAUUUUUGAAUGUCAGUUACAAUCAUCACCUGCGCCAAAUAUAGAGUGGUAUAGAAGUGAUACCCUUGUAGUAGAAAACGAAAGAACAAAAUUAAGAAUAAUCCCAAUAGAGGGAAAUAAAUAUACAGUAUUAUUGGAAAUUGAUGAUGUAUUAGAUACCGAUGCUGGUCUUUACAAAGUUCGAGCCAAAAAUAGUUCGGGAGAAGUUUCAGCUUCAAUUAAUUUGAACUUUUCUCCUGCGGACGAACCAAAGGAAAAACAAAUUGAUGGAUUUGCACCCACCUUUGCAAAAAAACCAUCAAUUCGACAAGAAGAUGAGGGAAAACGACUUCUAUUUGAGUGUACUGUUAACGCAGAUCCACAGCCUGUAAUUACAUGGUUCCACAAUGAUAAAACUGUAUACGAAUCACCGCGCCAUAAGCUUAGCGUCAAAAAGGAUGGUCAUUCCUAUUUUGCUACCCUAGAGCUGAAAAAUGUUACAGUUGAAGAUGCUGGAAAAUAUAAAGUUAACGGGAAAAACGACUUAGGCGAAAGUAACGCCACAAUUAGCUUAAAUUUUGACAGCGAUGAAGCUCCAGUACCGAACGAUGGCAUAAAGCCCACAUUCACUGAAAGGCCAGUUAUACGCCAGAUGGACGAUGGAAACGUUGUGUUUCAAUGUAGAUGUGUUGGUGAUCCCAAGCCAACAAUCACUUGGUAUCAUGGAAAAGAACAAAUACUAAAUGGCGGCCGCUACAAAAUAUCUCUGGUAUUGGAUCAGCAAUUGUACCAUAUGGCUUAUAUGGAAAUCACAAAUAUUGUCCCAAGUGAUCAAGGUGAAUAUCAAGUAACUGCGAAAAAUAUUCAUGGAGAGGGAACUACUACUCUGAAUUUAAAUUUUGAGGGAUCUUCAAAAAAAAUAUCGGACGCAAUAUCGCCAAGAUUUCCCAAAAAGCCUACAAUACGACAGGAAAAAGAUGUUUUAAUUAUGGAGUGCAUAUUAGAGGCAUAUCCCCUACCACAAAUAUCGUGGUACCGAGCGGAUAAAAAAAUCGAAAAUUCUGCACGAGUUAAAAUGGAGCAUCAAAGUCGUGGAAAGGAUUUAUUCGUUUUAACAAUGGAAAUACAGAAUCCGACAACGGAAGAUGGUGGCAAUUAUCGUUGCAACGCUCUAAAUGAGCAUGGAGAGAGUAAUGCUAACAUUGCACUCAACUUUCAAGGCACAAACGACGCCAAUGGCUUUGCCCCAUCAUUUAUUGAGAAACCAAAAAUUGUACCAAAUGAUUCCGGUACACUUAUAACUAUGAAGUGUCGUUGCAAAGCCAAGCCCGAACCUACUGUUACAUGGUACAGAGGCAAGGAGGUAGUAAACAAAUCGAAAAAAAUUGGAAUUAAAACAGCACCCAUUGGUGAGGACUCUUACGAACUUACACUGGAAAUUAAGGAUCCAGGUGCAGCCGAUGGUGGCACAUAUCGUUGCAAUGUAAAAAACGAAUUUGGAGAAUCAAAUGCCAACCUAAAUUUAAAUAUUGAAGCGGAAGCGGAACCCGAUGGCGAAGGGCCAACUUUCGUAGAAAAACCACGUAUCGUAUCUGAAAAUAGCGGAAAACUCAUAAUAAUGGAAUGCAAAGUCAAAGCUGAUCCGAAACCAAAAAUAGUGUGGUAUAGAAAUAACGAGAUCGUAAACGAAAAUAACAAAAUUAAAAUGUCUGUUGAGCAGCGGGGAGACCAUUACUAUAUUAAACUUGAAAUGAUAGAUCCCCAAAUAGAAGAUUCUGGACUUUACAAAUGUAAUAUAAAAAAUAACUUGGGCGAACUUAACGCAAACCUAACGUUAAAUAUUGAAAUCAUUCCUGUUAUUAAAGACAAACCGAAAAUUAUUAAGAUUAUAAAGAAACGAACAGUUGUAAUAGAAUGUACAGUUGCUUCAAAGUACGAACCCAAGUGCACGUGGUUUAAGGAAUCGAAUAUUGUAAAGGAAAGCAGUCGCCACGUUUGCAAAGUGCAACGAUCCAAAGAAGGUGAAUUUGCUGUACAACUGGAAAUAAACGACGUUGAUGAAACUGACAAGGGCGCUUAUAAAUUGGUUGCAAGCAAUGAAAAAGGAGAGGCUGUUUCCCAAAUUGUCCAUUUAAUAGAUAUACCUGAAGCGGAACGUAAGCCAAAAAAACCGGAGAUUGAUAGAAAAUUAACAGAUCAAAGAAUUGUUGAGAGCAAAUCCUUCGAUUUAACAAUAAAAUUGAAAGAAACAGAUCGUAGCUGUAAAAUUGAGUGGUACAAGGGAAGCGCUCUAAUUCGAGAAACCAAAGAGAUAACUACAACUUUUGAUGGUACAACCGCACGCCUGACCUUUAGUGCAGCACGUGUGGAGCAUACGGCUUCAUACAAAGUUAUUGUUAGUAAUGAGGUUGGUAAAGCUGAAAGCACUUGUAAGGUAGUGGUAGAAAAGAAGCAAGAAAAAUCCCAAAACGAGGAACAAGCUGAUGUUAAGAGAAAGGAGGAAGAAGAGGUGAUCCAAAAGAAAGAAAAUAUUGACGUCGAAAAAUCAAAGGGUGCAGAUGCCGAAAACAAAGACAAGAAAGAAAGUAAAAAGACAAACGAAAACGAAAAAAAUGAAAUUGAAAAAAAAAUCGAAAACAUUCCUGAUAAGGUGGUCGAAAAAACGAAAGAAAGUGCUAAUGUACCGGAAAAUACUUUAAAAUCAAAUAGUAUCAAAGAGAAAGAGAACACUAAAAAUGAGCCCGAAUCUAAUUUAUCAAGUAAUGGUACCCAUGAUGAUGAAAACAUUCCAGAAAAGAAAGAACUAUUCGAGAAAAUUGGUUUCAAAAAAACUGAACAAAAAACAUUACAACGAAAGAUUGUGGACGAAAAUAAGCCUGUUGACGAAUUUCCUAAAUUAAAGAAAACUCCUCAGGUGAAAGAUGAGCCUAAGCAAGAACAAACUAAAACUAAGACAAAGACUAAGCCUAAAGCAAAAUCAAAGUACGAGGAUCUUCCUGAAAUUCCUGAUUAUGAGCGUCCCCAACUAGAAAAAUUUGAGAAACCGGAGUUUGAUCCAUCAGAUUUUAGUCGCGAUACUAAUAUUCCCAGUAAAAUGGAGAAACCAAUUUUGGAUUCAUUAAAGAAAUCAAAAGAUCUGAUGGAAGCCCCUAAUAUUUCAAAGGAACAAAAGGCAGAAAUUAAUACAGAUGACUCUAAAAAAGGAUUCCAGGUCGGUAAGGGUAAAUUAGAAGAAGAUAGCGCGCAGAAAGAAUCUGCCACACUUAAACCUGUUAUAGUCAUUCCAGAGAAAUUGAAUCAGAUGAAUGAUAUAAAUAAAACUAGUGAGACUGAACCACAAAAAGUUACUAAGGUCCAACCACCAGCUCCUGGAGAACCACCUAAAAUUGAGGUAAUACGUGAAAAGAGACCGUCGUUAGUACCAGAACCUACAAGCAGACGUGGGUCAUUGGUACCCCCAGAUACUGGCCGUCGACCUUCGCUGAUAAUAGACGAGAAAAAACUUCGUCCAGGUGAAGUUAUGGAUACUAAGAGACGACGCCCUUCCAUCGACGUUCGUCGACCGAGUGUACAGGAUCUCGAGGAUUUAAUUAAUAAGCCAUCGACACCAUUGCACACAACUGGAGAUGGUGGUCCACCUCAAAUCGUGGAUGUACAAGAAUCAUACUCCGUUGUCGAGGACUCGACAGCUUAUAUGACCGUGGGUGUAGAAGGAAAUCCUGCCCCAACAUUCAAAUUCUACAAAGGUGUCAGUGAAAUACUCGAGGGAGGUCGUUUUAAAUUUUUGACUGAUGGGCAGACAAACACGAUUACACUUUGUAUGCGAAAAUGUAAACCAAACGAUGAAGGAAAAUAUAAAGUUGUUGUAUCAAACAUACAUGGCGAAGAUACCGCAGAAAUGCAACUGUAUGUUUCGGAUUCUAGUGGCAUGGACUUCCGCGCUAUGCUAAAGAAACGUCGUUAUCAAAAAUGGGAUAAAGAACAAGAAGAUCCUAAUUGGGGAGAUCUAAAAGAAACAGAAAAACCUAUUCCCGCUCUUAAAAAAGUUGAAAGGAAGCAAGAAUCCUUCUUAAGUCCAUUGAUCGAUCAGUUCGCAAAAGAGGGAAAGGACAAAAAGGUUGUUUUCGAAGCCCGUUUUUCAAAACCAAACUGUAAGCCGAAGUGGCUAUUUCGCAAGGAUGAAUGCUUUCCGGGAAGCAAAUUUAAAUUUAAGAAUGAGAAUGAUACGUAUCAACUCAUUAUAUCCAAUCCUAAAGUUGAAGACACUGGCAAGUAUACUAUUGAAAUUGGCGGUGUUUCAAGUACUGCAUUUCUUAACGUAGAAGAAGCCGAUCCUUCUUACACAUUUACUAAGCCAUUAAAAAAGAAAAUGGAAGGUUAUACACAACAUGAAACUACCUUGGAAUGCUCUGUUAGUAGUAGUAUGGCUAAUGUUACUUGGCUUAAGGAUGGGAAGAAGAUUGAAUCAGAUGACUCAAGAUAUCUUAUUUCCAAAGAUAUUAACGGCAAUCUUAAACUUAUUAUCAAAGAGUGUGUGUUGGAAGACAGCGGUUUAUACACCUGCCAGUUAGAUAAACAACCCGAUAAGACUGAGUGCAAAUUAAAAAUUGUAGAGUAUCCAUAUAAAUUUGUUAAAGUGCUUAAAUCACAGAAAUGUGUCGAAAAGGAUACUGUUACAUUAGCCUGCGAAAUUGAUGAUGCCACCGGAGAAGUGCAAUGGUGGCGCAAUGACGAAGAGAUUAAACCCGAUAAACGUAUUCAAAUUAUAAAGGAUGGGCGGAAACGAAAGCUUGUUAUUAAAGAUUGCAAAGUAUCAGAUUCGGGAAUGUAUAAAUGUACAACUAAUGCUGACAAGACUGAAGCUGAGCUAAUCAUAAAUUAUCAAAAUCGAUUUAAUAAACAGCUUAAAAAUACUGACGCUGUAGAACGCGAAAAGCUUACCUUGGACGUUGAAUUGCAAGACCAGACAGCCCCCUGUGAAUGGAAAUUUAAUGGUGAACCUAUUGAACCUAGUGAUAGAAUUGAAAUCAAAAAUCUUGGUGGCGGUAAACACCAGUUAGUUUUCAAUGGCUUAGAAUUGACCGAUGCUGGAGAAAUAUCUUGCGAAUCAGGGCAACUGAAAUCAACUUGCAAAUUGACUGUUCGUAAAGGGGAAAGUAAACCAAAUAUCGACUGUCCGAAUGAAUUCAGUGGUCCAAUAUCUAGCCCUGUGAUUGUUGAUGUGCCAUACAAAGUUUCCGGCACUAAGCAAACUCCCGUUGAGGCAAAACUAUUGAAGGAUGGCAAAGCUUUGCCUUUAAAAGAUGUAGAAGUGGCUAUUGCCGACGAAAAAGUUACAUUCAAAAUUAAAAAACCUACACGCGAUAUGUCCGGUUUAUACCAAAUAAAGCUUUCAAACGGUCAGGGCGAUGAUACAAAAGACGUGCAAAUUAUUUGUCAAGAUGUACCGGAUAGUCCAAACAAUAUUGAUGUAACAGAUGUUUAUCAGACUUCCUGUAAAAUUAACUUCAGCCCACCAAAAGAUGAUGGUGGAUCACCUAUAACAAAAUAUAUUAUUGAAAGACAAGACCUAAGUAAGAAACAAGCUUGGGAGACAGUGUCAGAGGUGUUACCUACAGAACCACUUACUAAAGAUAUUACGGACCUAGUCCCCAAAAAACAGUACAGAUUCCGUAUUCGCGCUAUUAAUGCAAUCGGAUCCUCUGAACCGGCUACUUUUAAAAAUACUAUUUUAGCAAAGGACCCAUGGGAUGAACCAGGAAAACCACGAAAUGUCGACUUAACUGAUUGGGAUAAAGAUCAUGCCGAUCUUAAGUGGGACGCUCCUGAAAACGACGGUGGUGAUAAAAUAACAAGUUAUGUCAUUGAAUUUAAAGAAAAGUUCUCCAAUGACUGGGUUGUUGGUAAAGAAGUACCAAGUGAACAAUGUUCUGCUACUGUAGAUGGUCUCAAAGAGGGGCAACAAUACGAAUUUCGAGUUCGUGCAGUUAAUAGAGCAGGUCCUGGUGAACCUAGCGAUAAAACCAAAUCUAUUACUGCGAAAUGCAGAUUUGUCAAACCAUUUAUUGUCGGUGAUGAUCUUAAGAAUAUUACCGUAAAGAAAGGCCAAACUGUACGUUAUGAAAUAAAGUACGAUGGGGAGCCUGAACCAGAGGUUUCUUGGUAUAAAGGAGCACAGAGAUUGGUUUUUGACAAUCAACGUAUAUGUUCACAUCAAAUGGAAAGAAACACUUCAAUAACGAUUAAAAAGGCGUUGCGUUCUGAUACUGGCAUCUACAAACUUGUUCUCACAAAUAGUUCCGGUUCCUUGGAAACAGAAGCACAAGUUACAGUUUUAGAUCGACCACUUUCUCCGCGGGGACCAUUAGAACCGAAAGAAGUUCGUGCCGACCAUAUCACUGUUACGUGGAAACCUCCAGAAGACGAUGGCGGUUGUGAAAUUACUGGUUAUGCAAUGGAACGAAUGGAUGAGGAAACCGGUCGUUGGGUUCCUGCUGGAGAAGCAGGUCCUAAUGAUACCUCAUUUAAUUUUAAAGGGCUUACACCUGGUAAAAAAUACAAAUUCCGUGUAAAGGCAAUCAAUAAGGAGGGAGAAUCUGAUCCAUUAGAAUGCACAGAACCUAUAUUGGCGAAAAAUCCAUAUGAUCCCCCAAGCGCGCCCGGAAAACCAAUUAUUGAUGAUUAUGACAAUAAGAGUGUGGUCCUUAAAUGGAAAAUUCCCCCAUCCGAUGGUGGUCGUCCAAUUAUUUAUUAUAUUAUUGAACAGAAGGAUAAAUUUUCCCCAUCUUGGGUCGAAGUAGCCAAAACUGACGAUGCAGUACCUCAAUGCACAGUCGAAAAUCUCAAAGAGAAAAUGAUCUACAAUUUUCGUGUAAAGGCUGUUAAUAAAGCCGGUCCAUCUGAAGCAUCGGAGCCAACCGAUAAUCAUCUUUGCAAACACAAAAAUCUUAAACCUCAAAUAGACCGGUCAACGUUUAAGCGCGUUACCAUAAAAAGUGGGCGAACCCACAAAUGGUCUGUGGAUGUUGCGGGUGAACCAGCUCCCGCUCUUAAUUGGAGUUGGCGGGACAAUGUUCCAUUAACCACGGGAGAUCGAAUAAAGAUAGAAGUUGUCGAUUAUCAUACAGACUUCACCAUAACUAAAGUAAUACGUAAAGAUAGUGGCAUGUAUACACUAAAAGCUGAAAAUCGUUCUGGAACUGACACUGAGACCGUAGAACUUAUCGUUUUGGGAAAACCCAGCAGUCCUAGAGGUCCGCUAGCUGUUAACGACGUUACUGCAACUGGCUGUAACUUACAGUGGAAGAAACCAGAAGAUGAUGGCGGGGUUCCCAUAAAGGAAUAUGUCGUAGAGAAAAUGGACACUGCUACCGGAAAAUGGAUUCGCAUUGGUAGAUCUCCGGGAGAAAAGGAACCGCCUAGUUUUGCAGUGUCUGGAUUAAACCCUGGGUCCGAAUAUAUGUUCAGGGUAUCAGCAGUAAAUGAAGAGGGAGAGUCGGAACCAUUGACUACGUUAGUUGGAGUCGUAGCUAAAGAUCCAUAUACUGAACCAAAUAAACCAGGUGCCCCUGAAGUUACCGACUACGAUAAUGAGAGUGUAUCUCUGAAAUGGUCCACACCAACAAAUGAUGGUGGCGCUCCUGUAGAAAAAUAUAUUAUUGAAAAAAAACCUAAAAAUCAAAAGAGUUGGGAAAAGGCUCUUGAAGUACCGGGUGAUCAAUUGGAAGCCAAGGUUAAUGGUUUACAAGAAUAUGAGGAAUAUCAAUUCCGCGUGAUUGCGGUUAAUAAAGCCGGACCUUCGCAACCCUCUGAUGCAAGUGCCCCGCAAGUUGUAAAAUAUAAAAAAUUAAAGCCACGCAUUGAUCGAACCAACUUGAAGCCUUUGCUUAUUCGAUCUGGUAAACCCAUUAAAUAUGAUGUUAAAAUUCGGGGAGAGCCAGUUCCUACAGUAAUAUGGUAUCAAAAUGAUAAAGAACUGAAACCAGAGGAAUUGCCUUCUACCUGCGAGAUUCAAAACAUACCACACAAUACAAAGAUAUCUAUAAUAGAUACGGCUCGUCAACAUUCUGGAAUCUAUAAAAUCCGAGCUAUAAAUGAACAUGGUGAAGAUGAAGCAACAGUAGAAGUUAAUGUUUUAGGAGCUCCAGGCAAGCCUAAAGGUCCCUUAAAAGUUGAUAACAUCACGAAAGAUAGUUGUAAGCUAAAGUGGAAGAAACCCGAUGAUGAUGGUGGAAAGCCAAUAACUGCUUACCAAAUUGAAAAGUUUGACAAAAAACAAGGUCGUUGGGUGCCAGUUGGGCGUAUUCCUGGUACAGAGACUGAAAUGGACGUUAAAGGUUUGCAAGAAGGUCAUGAGUAUCAAUUCCGCGUUAAAGCUAUAAAUGACGAAGGAGAGUCUGAACCAUUAGAGACUGAUACUAGUAUUAUAGCUAAAAAUCCUUACGAUAUCGCUGAAAAACCUGGUAAACCCACAGUAACUGAUUAUGAUUCGCACUUUAUAAAACUGUCAUGGGAAGCGCCAAAAAAUGAUGGUGGAGCUCCUAUAAUCGGUUAUGUUAUUGAAAAGAAAGAUAAAUUUUCUCCCCAUUGGGAUGAAGUUAUGUCUACUGAUUCACCUAUUACUGAAGCCAAAGUUGACGGCCUCGUUGAGGGUAACGUUUACCAGUUUCGCGUAAGAGCCAUUAAUAAAGCAGGAGUUAGUGAGCCUAGUGUGGCUUCCGAUCCACAGGUGGCUAAGCCAAGAAAUUUGAAACCAAAUAUUAAUCGAGAAAAAAUGAAAUCUGUUAGAGUUCGGGCAGGACAAACCAUUAAGUUCGAUGUUGACGUAAAGGGUGAACCAGCACCAGCACUAAAGUGGACUUUUAAAGAUGUAGAACUUUUGCCUCUUGAAGGGAUUCGCAUAGAAACUGAAGAGUAUAAUACAAAAUUAACGUUAUUUGAUGUUACGAGAAAAGAUAGCGGGAAGUAUAAACUAAGUGCUGAAAAUAUUAAUGGCAGAGAUGAGGCUGAUGUUGACGUUAUUGUGCUGGAUAAACCAUCAAAGCCCGAAGGUCCGCUGGACGUUAGUGAUAUUUAUAAGGACAGCUGCAAGUUAAAAUGGAAAAAACCUAAAGAUGAUGGUGGCAUUCCAAUUUCUGGAUAUGUCAUAGAAAAAUUAGACACAGCCACUGGAAAAUGGGAGGCAGCCGGUACAGUAGAUCCUGAAAAAACUGAAUACGAUGUCAAAGGAUUAGAACAAAAUCACAGAUACCAAUUCCGGGUCCGAGCUGUAAAUGAUGAAGGAGAGUCAGAGCCGUUAGAAACGGACUCAGCUAUAACGGCAAAAAAUCCAUUUGAUGUUGCGGCACCUCCAGGUCUUCCAGAAUUUGAAGAUUGGGACGAACACCAUGUUAAAUUAAAGUGGGAACCUCCAAUACGCGAUGGAGGCGCACCCAUAACAAGCUACACGAUCGAAGUUAUGGAUAAAGAUUCCGGGGAGUUUGUAAAAGCUAUUGAAACUGAGGGGCCUAUUUGUAAAGGCACUGUGAAAAAACUGGAGGAAGGUCAACAAUAUAAAUUUCGUAUUAGAGCUAAUAACAAGGCUGGAGCAUCUGAACCAUCUGAGCAAACAAACUGGCAUACGGCUAAACCUCGAUACCUUAAACCACAUAUCGAUAGGAAUAAACUGAAACCUCUGACAGUAAAAGCUGGUCUGUCCAUCGAUUUGGAUAUUAACAUAAAAGGCGAACCUGCUCCAAAAGUUGAAUGGUUCUUUAAAGGAAGCCCCCUGGAAAACGAAGAGAUAAAAAUUGAAAAUGUUGACUACAAUACCAAACUAUUUGUAAUGAGAGCAAAACGCCCAAUGUCAGGAAUAUAUACAAUAAAAGCCAGCAAUGAAGUUGGUGAAGAUGUUGCUGAUCUUGACAUAAUGGUUUUAGGAAAACCUGGUAAACCGAAAGGUCCCUUAGAAGUUGACAAUAUUACUAAACACGGAUGUAAACUUAAAUGGCAACCGCCGGAAGACAACGGUGGUGCCCCUAUAGAUUACUACGAAAUUGAAAAACUUGAUCCUCAUACUGGUCAAUGGUUACCAUGCGGAAAAAGUUCCGAGCCCAAUGCUAAGGUUACUGGCUUGCAAGAAGGAAAAUCGUAUAAAUUCCGUGUUAGAGCAGUAAAUAAAGAGGGCGAAUCAGAAGAUUUAGAAACUGACAAACCAAUUAUUGCGAAGAAUCCGUAUGAUGAAGCUGAUAAACCGGGUCGACCUGAGCCAACUAACUGGGAUAAAGACUUUGUUGACUUACAGUGGGAACCUCCAAAAAGUGAUGGCGGUGCCCCAAUUGAAAAAUAUAUCAUUCAAAUGCGCGAUAAAUCUGGAAGAUCUUGGGUUGAUGCUGCUAUAACACCAGGAAAUCAUACUAAGGGCACAGUGACAAAUGUUGAAGAAGGCCACGAAUAUGAAUUUAGAAUAGUUGCAGUAAAUAAAGCUGGUCCGAGUGAGCCAAGUGAUGUAUCAAAGUCAGUUGUGGCUAAGCCUCGGCAUCUUAAACCCAGAAUAGAUCGGAAAAAUUUACAGAAAAAAACAUUAAGAAGUGGUCAACUGCUACACAUUGAGUCAAUAGUAAACGGUGAACCCCCAGCAAGUGUGACGUGGACAUUUAACGGGGAAGUAUUGAAGUCAACAGAUAGAAUAAAGAUUGAAAACGAAGAUUACAAAACAACAUUUAUAAUACCGAAAGUAAAGCGAUCUGAUAAAGGAGUUUACACAGUCACUGCCAAAAAUGAUUCCGGAACCGAUACUGUUGAACUUGAAUUAGAAGUUUUAUGCAAACCAAAGGCACCCAAGGGCCCACUUGAGGUUUCUAACGUUACUUCAGAUAGUGUUACCUUAAAAUGGGAAAAACCUGAAGAUGAUGGAGGUCAACCUAUAGAAAACUAUGUUAUUGAGCGUAUGGACACUGAGACGGGAAGAUGGGUUCCAGUUUUAACUACUAAGAGUCCAGAGGCACAGGUUUCUGGCCUGACUGAGGGAAAAGAAUAUAUGUUCAGGGUAAAGGCUGUAAAUGCAGAGGGAGAAUCGGAGCCGUUGACCACAGAUGUACCCACCCUAGCCAAAAAUCCAUUCGAUACAGCCGACUCACCUGGAAAACCUCAAAUUGUAGAUUGGUCUGAAAAUCAUGUCGACUUAAAAUGGAAGGUUCCAGAUGAUGAUGGUGGGGCUCCUAUUACGGGUUAUGUCAUUGAAAAAAAAGAUUGCAAUACCGGAAAGUGGCAAAAAGCAUUGGAGACCAAGACUCCAGCUAAUAGUGCACGAGUAAACGAUCUGAUUGAAGGUACCAAGUACCAAUUCCGCAUAAGGGCUGUUAACGAUGCUGGUGAAAGUAAACCAUCAGAGCCUUCAGACACUUUAUUAGCAAAAUGUCGGUUUGCCCCGCCUAAAAUUGAUCGGACAAAUAUUAAAGAUAUCACCACUAAAUUUGGUACACACGUUCGUUUAGAUAUUAAAAUAUCGGGCGAACCUCCCGCAGUAAAAACUUGGUACCAUAACAAAGCUCGCAUCGAAGGAGAUGACGUAACAAUUGAUUUGGAGCCAUAUAAAACAAAGUUUACAAUUCCAUUUGCAAAACGUUCACAUACUGGAAAGUACACAAUUAAAGCAGAAAAUGAAUCUGGUCGUGAUGAGGCUUCAUUUGAAAUCAAUAUACUUGAUCGUCCAGGCCAACCAGAAGGUCCUUUACGCAUUACAGAUGUUCAUAAAGAAGGUUGUAAAUUGAAGUGGAAUCCACCUCUCGACUCAGGAGGCUUGCCAGUUGACUAUUACAUUGUCGAAAAAAUGGAUGUUGAAAGUGGAAGAUGGCUUCCUGCGACACGUGUCAAGGAACCUUAUGCAGAAGUAAAUAAUUUGGUUGAAGGGCAGGAAUACAAAUUCCGCGUUGUAGCCGUUAAUACAGAAGGCGAAUCGGAACCGUUAAACGGAGAUCAUUCUAUAAUUGCCAAAAAUCCAUUUGAUGUCCCAGGUAAACCUGGUGCACCAGAGCCAGUGGAUUGGGACAAAGAUCAUGUGGAUAUAGUAUGGAAACCCCCAAUCAAUGACGGUGGAUCCCCCAUUACUGCGUACUCGAUUGAAAAGAAGGAAGAUGGAUCGGAUAAGUGGAUUAAAGUAUUAGAAGUACAAGCCCCUAUUCAAGGUGAAGAUUGCAAGGCUACUGUAUCAUAUUUAGACGAAAAUUGCAAAUAUGAAUUUAGAGUUAGAGCCAUUAAUGCAGCAGGUAGUGGGGAACCAUCUAAUGCUAGUAAAUCAGUAAUAACAAAACCAUCAAAACUUGCUCCAAAAAUUGAUAGACGUAACAUACACACAUACAACGUCAAAUCAGGUGAAUCUAUAUUAUUGGAUAUAACUGUGGAAGGCGAACCAGCACCUGAUGUUUAUUGGACUCACAAUGGAAAGUCAAUCCAACAAUCAACUUCCAGAAAGGUCGACAAUGCUCCUUAUAAAACGAAGUACAAUAAUUCUAAUCUUGAACGAAAGGAUACGGGAAUAUACAAAAUUGUAGCAUCAAAUUUGUAUGGCCAUGAUGAAGUCGAAUUCCAAAUCAAUGUUAUUACGAAGCCAUCGAAGCCAGAAGGACCUCUUGAAGUCUCUGAUAUUCAUAAAGAAGGGUGUAAACUUAAAUGGAAGAGACCUAAAGAUGAUGGAGGAGAACCUAUAGAGGAAUAUGUAGUAGAGAAAUUUGAUCCAACAGAGGGUGUUUGGAUUCAAUGUGGCAAGUCCGCCAUUCCAGAAUUUAAUGUAGAAGGCUUGCGUCCGGGUUGCGAAUAUAAAUUCCGUGUAAAGGCAGUAAACAAAGAGGGCGAAUCAGAACCACUUGAAACGCUCAGCUCUAUUAUAGCUAAGGAUCCAUUUACUACUCCAUCUGCUCCUGGAGCCCCAGAGCCAGUGGAUUGGUCCUCUAAUAAAGUAGAACUUACUUGGUCUGAACCGCUUACUGAUGGAGGUUCCCCAAUUAUCGGUUAUAUUAUUGAAAAGAAAGACAAAUAUAGUCCAAUAUGGGAAAAAGCUCUAGAAACAGACAACCCGCUUCCCAAUGCGACGAUAAAUGGGCUUGUGGAAGGAAACGAGUAUCAAUUCCGUGUUGUAGCAUUAAAUAAAGCUGGAUAUUCCGAACCUUCAGAAGCAAGCAAAUCCUUUGUUGCUAAACCACGCUUCUUGGAACCUAAAAUUGAUCGACGUUACCUUAGAGAUAUAACCGUAUCUGCUGGAUCUUCUAUAAAAUUGGAAGCUGUUAUAACUGGAGAACCUGCUCCAAAAGUUGAAUGGAGAUAUUCGAACUGUCCUCUACAAAACGGAAAAACUGUAACAAUUGAAUCUCCGGAUUACUUUACAAAACUGGUUAUACGGCCAGCGCAGCGGGAAGAUUCAGGAGAAUAUGUUGUUACAGCGACAAAUAGUUCCGGAAAAGAUAUCGUUAAGAUUAAUGUUGUUGUUACAGAUAAACCGUCUGCACCUACAGGACCCUUAAGCAUUACAGAUGUUCACAAAGAAGGUUGCCACCUUAAGUGGAAACGUCCUAAGGAUGAUGGUGGUAUACCCAUUGAAUACUACCAAAUAGAGAAAAUGGAUGUUGAGACUGGUUGCUGGGUUCCCUGCUGCCGAUCAGUUGAACCUCAAGCCGAUGUCGUUGGGCUUAAAUGUGGAAGUGAAUACAAAUUUAGAGUUUCGGCCAUAAAUGCUGAAGGCGAAUCCGAAUUUUUAGUGGGCGAUGAAUCUGUUAUUGCUAAGAAUUUGUUCGACGAACCCGAUAAACCUCAAAAUGUUCAUCCAGUGGACUGGGAUAAGGACCACAUUGACUUGGCGUGGACACCGCCCAGUCAUGAUGGUGGAUCUCCUAUAACUGGAUACAUUAUUGAAAUGAGAGAUAAAUAUGGACAUUGGGAAAGAGCUUUGGAAGUACCAUCAGAUACCUUAAAAGCCUCGGUUAAAAAUGUAAUAGAAGGACAAACUUAUGAAUUUCGAGUUAUUGCUGCGAAUUCUGCUGGAUUGAGCGAACCAUCGGAAACAACAAACCCCAUUACCGCCAAAGCUCGAAACAAAGCUCCACUUAUUGAUCGAACUAAUCUAUGCGAAAUUCGCAUUAAAGCUGGACAAUCCUUUUCAUACGAAUGCAAAAUAUCAGGGGAACCUGCACCAAAAACUAAGUGGACUCAUAACAAAAGAGAAUUGUAUUCAAAAGACAACAUUAAAGUAAAGCACGUUGAUUAUUAUUCAAAGAUAAAAGUUACAAAUGCUACUCGUUCAGAUUCUGGUACAUAUACCAUACAUGCUGAAAAUGAAAACGGAGUUGAUUUUGCUGAUGUGAAAGUAAUAGUAAUAGAUAAGCCAUCUCCACCUAACGGUCCACUCAAAGUUAAUGAAAUUCAUGCUAGUGGUUGUACUCUAACAUGGAAUCCACCGGAUGAUGAUGGGGGUCAACCAGUUACUAAUUAUGUUAUAGAAAAAUUCGAUGAAUUAAUUGGUAGAUGGGUACCUGCGGGAGAAACUGAUGACAAUAACACAUCCUUUGAAGUAAAAGGCCUCACACCUGACCAUAAGUACAAAUUCCGUGUACGCGCAAAGAAUCGCCAGGGAAUCUCUGAUCCUUUGACAAGUACACACUCUAUUGUUGCCAAAAAUCCAUACGAUACUCCUUCAAAACCAGGAGUACCAAUUAUUAAGGACUUCGAUAAAGACUUCGUAGAAUUAGAAUGGACACGCCCUGAGUGCAAUGGGGGUACACCAGUUACUGGUUAUAUAAUUGAAAAACGUGGAAAAUACGGUACAGAUUGGGAACCAUGUGCAAAAGUCGAAGGUGAUAAUACCAAUGGUCGUGUUGAAGACUUAAUAGAAGGAAAUUCAUACGAAUUCCGAGUACGAGCUAUAAACAAAGCUGGUGCUGGAGAACCAAGCGAUGGAUCUGCUUCCCAUGUAGCCCGUCCAAGAAAUUUACCACCAAUAAUAGAUAAAAAUUACAUGUUAGAUAUAAAGAUUCGCGCCGGUAAUUGUUUUGAGUUUGAUGUACCUGUGAGCGGAGAACCGGACCCUUCGAAAGAAUGGUCUCAAGACAACAACUUUAUUAUAAAUACGGACCGUCUAAAAAUUGUGAAUGAAAUGCAUAGAACUAAGCUACGUGUUAUUGAUGCAAAGCGUGCUGACUCAGGGGAAUACACUUUAAUUGCUCGUAAUAUAAAUGGAAUCGACAAAGCUACCGUAAAAGUGGUUGUUUUAGACAUACCUUCAAUUCCAGAAGGUCCACUCCGAAUAGACGAUAUUACCAAAAAUUCUUUGAAUCUACAUUGGCGCCCCCCUAGAGAUGACGGUGGUUCGGAUAUCACUCAUUAUAUUGUGGAAAAAAUGGACACAGAUGCUAUGCGAUGGAUACCAGUAGCAGAGUGCAACGAAUGUCAUAUUAGAGCCGAUAAUUUGAUUGAAGGCCACGAUUAUAAUUUCCGUGUCCGAGCAGUAAACAAACAAGGCGCGUCCCAGCCUUUACUUUCAUCACAAGGAGUAACUAUUAAAGAUCCAUUUUCUCGGCCCGACAAGCCCGGUCAACCACAAGCUGUUGACUGGGGUAAAGAUUUUGUUGAUCUUGAGUGGCCAGUUCCUAAACGGGAUGGUGGUUCUCCAAUCAUUGGGUAUGUCAUUGAAAAACGGAAGAAGUUUGGUCAAUGGGAAAAUGCUCUCGACGAUGUUACGCCUCAGAAUAAGGCACGCGUUAAAAAUUUAACAGAAGGUUGCGAAUAUGAGUUCCGUGUAAUUGCAGUAAAUAAAGGAGGGCGAAGCGAUCCUUCCGAUCCCACUGUACCUAUUAAAUGCCAGCCUCGGUUUGUUGCACCAUGUUUCGAUAAAUCAUUGUUAUGUGACAUAACAGUACAUGCUGGAAAACAUUUUGGAUGGAACCUGCCCGUUGUGGCUUCACCUGCGCCAACAAUAACAUGGUUAUUUAAUGGAAAACCUAUUGAACCUUCUGAUCGGAUUGACUCACAAUAUUUUCAUAAUGAGUUGUCUUUUGAAGUUUCAAAUGCAUUACGCACUGACGAGGGCAGGUAUAGCCUUUUAUUGAAAAACGAACAUGGAACAUUUGACGCAUCUGCACAUGUAAAAGUCUUGGAUCGACCUGGAGUACCUGAGGGUCCCUUGGAUAUCACAAGAAUUACUCGUGAAGGUUGCCAUCUUACAUGGAAUGUUCCCCUAGAUGAUGGUGGUUCUCCUAUACUUCAUUACAAAAUCGAAAAAAUGGACAUGUCACGUGGAACAUGGUCAGAUGUUGGUAUCACAAGUCAUCCUGUGUACGACGUAACAAAUUUAACACAUAAAAAGGAAUAUCUUUUCCGUAUUAAAGCUAUUAAUGCGAUUGGAGAAUCUGAUGGUUUAGUAGCUGAUAGAAGCAUUAUUGCUAAGAAUGAGUUUGAUGAACCAGAUCCACCAGGAAAGCCAAUAAUAACAGAUUGGGAUCGUGAUCAUGUAGAUCUUCAAUGGACUAUUCCGGCGUCCGACGGAGGAUCUCCUAUUACUGAAUAUAUAAUUCAAAAGAAGGAGAAGGGAACACAGCUGUGGGUAAACUCCGUGCAUGUACCACCUAAUCAAACUUCAGCAUCCGUACCCGAUUUAACUGAGUAUGCAGAAUAUGAGUUCAGAGUUAUUGCAGUUAAUAAAGCGGGCCAGUCAGAACCUUCUGAGAGCUCAGAUAUGAUACAAGCUAGAUGUAGAUAUUUAGCACCUAAAAUUAUUACACCAAUGCGUGAUCUUCGCUCUAAAGCUGGUCUUAUUCUCCAUGCUGAUAUAUCGUAUAUAGGAGAACCUAUCCCAGAAGUUAUAUGGACUUGCAAUAACAUUAAUAUGACAAAUACUGAACGAAUAAGCGUUAAUACUGUUGGCUACCACACAAUUGUUCAUAUAGUUAACUGUCAAAGAAGUGACUCGGGUCGUUAUCACCUGAUGUUGCGGAAUGACUCUGGGAUAGACGAGGGAGAUUUUGACGUCGUUGUUUUGGAUUGUCCAGGCCCACCAGUGGGCCCAUUGCAAUUCGAAGAAGUGACAGCAAACUCCGUCACUCUCUCGUGGAAACCACCGAUCGAUAACGGAGGCUCAGAAAUACUAUCUUAUGUAAUAGAAAAACGCGAUUUAACACAUGGUGGAGGUUGGGUUCCUGCAGUUACAUAUGUUAAUGCAAAAUAUAACCAUGCGGUAGUGCCUCGUCUUGUUGAGGGUACUCAAUAUGAAUUUAGAGUUAUGGCUGAAAAUGCACAAGGUCGUUCUAGUCCAUUGACUUCAGAUCCCAUCAUAGCUAAAAAUCAGUUUACAGUUCCUGGGGCUCCCAGCAAACCUCAGAUUACUGAUAGUGAUCGAAGCUUUAUAUCCCUUAAAUGGUCUGCACCCAUUAGUAACGGAGGAUCUCAAAUUAUUGGGUAUGACAUUGAACGCCGCGAUAUCCCUACCGGAAGAUGGAUUAAAAUAACAAGUGUCCCAGUUCCAGCAAACAAUUAUACUGAUGAUCGUAUUAAAGAAGACCAUCAGUAUCAAUAUCGAGUAUCUGCUGUAAAUGCUGCUGGUAAUGGCAAACUAUCAGACCCGUCAGACAUAUUUUCUGCAAAGCCUUUGCGGGAAAAACCGCGUUUACAUUUAGAUGGAAUUUCGGGACGAAAAAUUAAAUUACGCGCAAAAGAAACUCUCAAUCUUAAUAUACCUAUCUCCGGUGCUCCUACACCGUCCGUCGAAUGGAAGCUUAGAGAUCUAAAACUUCAGCAAAAUGUAAGGAUAUCCUACAACACAAAUAAUGAAUGUACAGUUCUGCGUAUAGAAGAUAUUCUUAGGGGCGAUGCUGGAACUUAUACUGUGACUGCUUCAAAUGAAUUUGGCAAAGAUUCAGGUGAUAUUGAAAUUAUUGUAGUUGACAAGCCUACUCCACCCGUUGGUCCAUUGACAUACGUUGAACAAGGAAAUGACCACAUUUCAAUGUCAUGGAACCCACCAAAGGAUGAUGGCGGUAGCGAAAUCGUGGGAUACAUUAUAGAAGUAGCUGAAUAUGGCACCGAUCUCUGGCGCCCAGUAUCUGGUUAUUGUCCAAGGAACAAUCACACUGUAAAGGGCCUGACUGAAGGAAAGAAGUAUAUAUUCCGAGUUAAAGCUGAAAACAUAUAUGGUGUUUCUGAACCUCUUGAAGGUGCACCCAUUGUUGCAAAAUCACCAUUUGAUCCACCGGGUCCGCCAGGGCAACCCAAAGUAGUUGCUUACUCUCCGAACUCUGCAAGUUUGGAGUGGCACCCACCAGAAUAUUCAGGCGGAAGACCUAUUACAGGUUAUAUAGUAGAACGUAGGGAGCGAGGCGGCGAAUGGAUUAAAUGUACUAAUUAUCCAACCCCAAAUACUAGUUUUACAGUGUUACAUUUGCAUGAAGGCGGUCGCUAUGAAUUCCGUAUCAAAGCUGUAAACGAUGCUGGACCAGGAACCCCAUCAAAGCCCUCAGAAAGUAUCACUGCAGAAGUACAAAGAAGUGUUCCCGAUGCUCCAGAUGCCCCUAACACUGACCGAAUUACAAGAAACGGUGUAACAGUAUCUUGGCGGCCUCCAAGACACGAUGGUAGAUCAAAACUCAAGGGUUAUUUCUUGGAAAUGAAAACAAAAGGAUCGAAUGCGUGGGAGCCUGUCAAUGAGCUUCCUUUGCAUAAUACCGUGCAUACAAUAACUAAAUUAAAAGAAGGCGAUGAAUGUACAUUCCGAGUUAUCGCUAUUAACGAAAUCGGUAAAUCAAAUCCUUCUAAGCCCUCACAGCCUGUAGUUGUUGAAGAGCAACCGAAUAAACCUUGCAUGGACCUAGGAUCUGUUCGUGAUAUAGAGUGUCGUGCCGGUGAGGACUUUUGCAUUCAUGUACCAUACAUAGCUUUCCCGAAGCCUACUGCGCAGUGGCAUUUCAAUGAUAUCUUACUUCAAGACGAUGGAAAACAUUGCUUCCAGAAUUUAACCGAUGAAGCAGCUUCAUUUAUUGUUAAAAAUGCAAGUCGAAAUGAUACUGGACAAUAUAGGUUACAGCUAAGAAAUUCUUCAGGAUUUGAUGCGUGUACCGUUAAUGUAAGGGUUUUGGAUCGUCCUAGGCCACCUUCAAACUUACGUGCCGAAGAAUUUGCCGGCGAUGCCCUAACUCUAUAUUGGCAACCACCAAAAGAUGACGGUGGUUCUCAAAUCACGAACUAUAUAGUUGAAAAGAAAGAGAAAUCGUCCUCAACCUGGUCAAAAAUUAGUAGCUAUUGCACAGUACCAUUUAUACGAGUUCGGAAUCUUACUAUCGGUAAAGAAUAUGAUUUCCGGGUAAUUGCUGAAAACAAAUACGGAACAUCUGAUGCUGCAGUUACCUCAGAACCAAUCCGUGCCAAAUAUCCAUUCGAUGUUCCUAGUGCCCCUGGCAUUCCAACGUUUGUCGAUUCAACAGAAGAAAGUAUCACAGUGUCAUGGCAAAAACCAAAAAGCGAUGGUGGAUCUCCUAUUAGUGGGUAUAUUAUCGAAAAACGGCUAAUAAGUGAUGAUAAGUGGAUUAAAGCACUACAUUCUUUAUGUGCAGACACGUGUGUUAAAAUACCGAAUCUUAUUGAAAACGCUGAAUAUGAAUUUAGAGUAGCUGCGAUCAAUAUGGCAGGUCAAUCGCCAUACAGCACAUCCAGCGAUCCCAUAUUCUGUAGACGUCCACAACAAUCCCCAAAAAUAACGUCCGAUUUAUCGAUUCGCGACAUAAAUGUUAUAGCUGGGGAUGAUUUUCGUAUAACCGUGCCAUACACAGCUAGCCCAACACCAAAACCAACGUGGAACAUAAAUGGUCAAGAUGUUGUUCAAGAUGAUCGCAUUACGUUUACAACUAGUGAAUACAAUACAAUAUAUCACAACAAAUGUGCUAAACGCUCGGAGACAGGAACAUAUACUAUAACCCUGUCUAAUACUAGAGGAUCUGAUACAGCAUCUUGUUAUGUCACAGUCUUUGAUAAACCAGGCCCGCCGCAAGGUCCUUUAACAGUUUAUGAUAUUACACCGGAUACUUGUACUCUAUCAUGGAAAACUCCCAUAGAUGAUGGUGGAUCUCCAAUAACGAACUAUGUAGUAGAAAAAAUGGAUAAGAGUGGUACUUGGAUAAAAAUAAGUAGUUUCGUAAGAAAUAUUCAUUAUGAUGUAAUGGGAUUGGAACCAGGCCAAAAAUAUAUAUUCCGCGUCCGAGCAGAAAAUCAAUACGGCGUUUCUUCUCCAUUAGAAAUGGAAGACAGUAUUACAGCGAAAUAUCAAUUCACUGUGCCUGAUCCCCCAGGGCAGCCUAAAGUUGUUGACUGGGACUCAGACAAUGUAACAUUGUUAUGGUCACGACCAAGUAAUGAUGGUGGAUCUCGUAUUCAAGGCUAUCAAAUAGAAUAUCGUGAUAUUGUAAAUGAUUCUUCCUGGAAUACAUAUGAAUUCCUAGUUAAAGAUACAAAAUACCAACUUUAUAAUUUAAGAAAAGGAUGUGAAUAUGAGUUCAGAAUAAGGGCUAAGAACGCUGCCGGAUUAAGCAAACCGUCAGCACCAUCGAGUAAAUUCAAACUGAAAGGUAAAUUUACUGUUCCGUCUGCACCCGGUACACCACAGGUAAUAAAAGUUGGAAAAAGUUACGUAGAUCUUAAGUGGGAAAAACCCCACAGUGACGGUGGUUCCCGAAUCACUGGUUAUAUUGUGGAACGCAGAGAUAUUGGAGGAGCCGUUUGGGUUAAAUGCAAUGACUAUAAUAUUUUAGAUACAACAUAUACCGUUAUAAAUCUCAUUGAAAUGGCCGAUUAUGAAUUUAGAAUUUUUGCCGUCAAUGCCGCUGGUCGUUCUGAGCCUAGCUCGUGCACCAUGCCCAUUAAAGUAUGCGAAGUUCUGGGAGGUGAAAAACCUGAAUGGAUUACUCGUUUGCAGGAUAAAGUGGCACCUUUCGGUAAAGAUUUUACUUUACAGUGCGCUGCAACUGGAAAACCGGAGCCAACAGCAAGAUGGUUGCGAAAUGGCAAAGAAAUUCAAAUGAAUACUGGAAGAUUUAGUUGUGACAAUAAGGGUGGUGUGUUCAGUUUACAUAUACUAAACAUACAAUCAGGAGAUGAAGGAGAUUAUACUUGUGAAGCUGUAAAUUCAUUAGGAUUUGUCCACACAUCAGGGUAUCUUCGCAUAGGUGCACCACCUGUUAUACACAGAUGUCCUGAAGAAAUGUACCUACCUGAAGACGAUAAUGCGAAAAUCAAGGUAUUCUAUGGUGGUGAUCAUCCAAUGAAUGUUCAAAUAUAUAAGAACAAUGAAAAAAUAGUUGAAGAAGAAAACCAUUUAAGAAUAACUGUUUUCGAUGAUUAUGUGACAUUGUUUCUACAAGGUGUCUUAAAGUCAGACGCUGGUUCAUAUGAAAUUGAAUUUUCCAACGAUUCGGGCAAGGCUUCAGCGCAAUUUGUUUUAAAUGUCACUGGUUUACCAUCAGCACCUAUUGGGCCAAUGCAAAUUUCCCACAUUAGUAGACAUUCUUGUUUACUAAAUUGGCGCCCGCCAUCUUAUGAUGGUGGACUCCGUGUGACUCACUAUGUCGUAGAAAGAAAAGAUACAACUUCACAGCAUUGGAUAACAGUGUCAUCGUACUGCAAAGACACCUCUUUUAAUGUUCAAGGACUAAUCGAAAACCAAGAGUACUUAUUCAGGGUUAUGGCUGUAAAUGGAAAUGGUAUGGGUCCAGCUUUAGAAGGUGGUAAUCCAAUAAAAGCAAAAGCUCCAAUUGACCCUCCCUCUCCACCAACAAAACCUACAGUUACAGAAAUUGGAGAAGACUUUGUUCAUUUAGAAUGGGGCAAACCAGACUCAGAUGGCGGUGCUCAUAUCCAAGGAUACUGGAUAGACAAGCGUGAGGUUGGAAGUGAUACUUGGCAACGUGUAAAUAUAACAAUUUGUAAUUGUACCCAAAUAUGUUGUCCCAACUUAAUAGACGGACGGCAGUAUGAGUUCAGAGUAUUUGCCCAAAAUGAAGCUGGAAUUUCCAGAGAAUCUGUCAAUUCGACAGCAAUUAAGAUGAUUGAUCCUAAGGCUGCAAUUGCUCCUGUAAUUUUGAAGCCUUUGCGCGAUGCACAAUGCAUUCAAAAUCACAAUGCACAAUUUACUUGUACUAUAACAGGUACACCAAAGCCCUCGGUUACAUGGUACAAAGGUGCUAGAGAAAUAACAAAUGGCGCCCGCUAUCGCAUUUAUAAUGAAGGAGAGAACUAUUAUCUCAAUAUAAAUGGUGUAUUUGGUGAAGAUGCAGACGAAUAUAUUUGCCGCGCAGUAAAUAAAGCAGGAGCAAAAUCAUCACGAGCGGCCUUAAUAAUAGCAACGGCACCAAGACUAAAUGUCCCUCCAAGAUUCCGUGGAACAGCCUAUUUCGAUAAAGGAGAAAAUGUAAUAAUUAAAAUACCAUUUACUGGCAUCCCGAAGCCUCGGAUUCAUUGGAUGCGAGAUGAAGAUAAAAUUGAAUCAGGAGGACACUAUCACGUAGAAACAAAAGAACGUCAUGCUGUCCUCACUAUUCGAGAUGGUUCACAGUUAGAUUCAGGCAUAUAUAGGAUAACGGCCGAAAAUGAUCUUGGCACAGAUACAGCAGAUAUUGUUAUUCAAAUUAGCGAUCGACCCGAUCCUCCUAGAUUACCUGUUAUAGAAAAUAUUGGACACGACUCAUUAGCACUCAGCUGGAAGUCGCCGGCUUGGGAUGGGGGUAGUGACAUAACAAAUUAUGUUGUGGAAAAACGUGAACAUCCCAUGUCAUCGUGGAUUCGAGUAGGUAGUACACGUUUCACCUCAAUGGCUGUUACAGGUCUUACCCCAAGCAAAGAAUAUGAAUUCCGCAUUUACGCAGAAAAUGUGUACGGCAAAUCAAAUCCAUCAGAUAUAAGUACACUAAUUAAAACCAAGGAUUCUCUUAACAAGAAACCACGACAACGUACUUGGGAAACUGAUGAAAACGGGAAAAAAAUCCGUGGAAAACCAGAAGGAAUUGUAAAAGACUACGACUCUUUUGUUUUUGAUAUUUAUACAAGAUAUGUUCCUCAGCCUGUGGAAAUCUCUCGCGAAAGUGUGUAUGAUAAAUAUGAAAUUUUGGAGGAAAUCGGCACUGGCGCUUUCGGUGUGGUACACAGAUGCAGAGAACUAAAAACUGGAAAUGUGUUCGCGGCUAAAUUUAUUCCCGUUUCUCACUCAACGGAGAAAGAUAUGAUUCGACGGGAAAUUGACAUAAUGAAUCAAUUACAUCACCAGAAACUCAUUAACUUGCACGAUGCGUUUGAAGACGACGAUGAAAUGGUGCUAAUCCUGGAAUUCUUGUCUGGUGGAGAAUUGUUUGAACGCAUUACGUCGGAAGAUUAUCAAAUGACUGAAGCAGAAGUAAUUCACUACAUGCGUCAAAUUUGUGAAGGCAUUAAAUACAUGCAUGAAAAGAAUAUUGUGCAUCUUGACAUUAAACCAGAAAAUAUUUUGUGCCAAACUCGGAGGAGUAACAAUGUAAAACUCAUUGAUUUCGGCCUGGCUACCCGCCUUGACCCUAAUGAAACAGUGAAAAUAACAACGGGAACAGCGGAAUUUGCUGCUCCUGAAAUUGUAAACCGCGAACCAGUUGGAUUUUAUACAGAUAUGUGGGCAGCUGGCGUUUUAACAUAUAUCUUAUUAAGCGGUCUGUCACCAUUUGCAGGAGAUAAUGACGUAAAUACCUUGAAGAAUGUGAAGUCAUGUCAAUGGGACUUUGAUGCAGAUGCUUUUAAAUAUAUAUCAGAAGAAGCUAAAGACUUUAUAAGGAAAUUACUAGUAGCAAACAAGGAAAAGCGAAUGACUGCGCACGAAUGCCUUUUACACCCGUGGUUAACAGGUGAUCACGCUGACCGUAACAAACAAAUCCAACGUUCCCGUUACCUUGCAUUCCGUGAUAAACUUAGAAUGAGAAACCAAGACGCCGGUAAUUACGUGAUACCUAUUGGGCGAAUUUCCGAAUAUUCAUCACUUCGCAAACUUCUUAUUGAUAAAUAUAAAAUAUGUGACACCACAUUUGACCGAAGGCAAGCUGCUCCGCGGUUUGUUAUUCGCCCUUCCUCACAAUUUUGUUAUGAAGGACAAAGUGUUAAAUUUUAUUGUCGUUGCAUAGCCACUGCUACACCAACACUGUCUUGGUCCCAUAAUAAUUCCGAAUUGCGGCAGAGCGUAAAGUUCAUGAAGCGAUACAUCGGAGAUGACUAUUACUUCAUAAUAAACCGGGUUAAAUUAGAAGAUCGUGGUGAAUAUAUUAUUCGGGCAGAGAAUCACUAUGGAUCUAGAGAAGAAGUUGUCUUCCUGAACGUACAGCCCUUACCCAAGGAACAGCCUAGAUAUGUUCAUGAGUCCACUCCAGUACGAAGACGUGAACCACUUCCUUACACAUUCUGGCAGGAAGAGUCUGAAUCAGUGCCAUAUUUCACAUUCCUGUUACGACCACGUGUUAUGCAGUCACGUGACACAUGCAAAUUAUUAUGUUGCUUAAGCGGGAAACCUGUAGCAUCAGUAAAGUGGUACAAAGAUGGACGAGAGCUCAGCAAAUAUGAAUACUCAAUGACUCAUUCAGACGGUGUAGUGACAUUGGAAAUAAUAGAUUGCAGACCAUCAGACUCAGGAAAAUACUCUUGCAAAGCAACGAAUUGUCAUGGAACUGAUGAAACUGAAUGUGUCGUUAUUGUUGAAGGCAUUUAGCCAUUCAUGCAGUUAUGUAAAGAUUGGUAAUUCCUAGUUUUGCAAAAUUUCAAAAAUGUUAAAUUUGCAAUCAAUAAAAAUUGAAAUAUGUGUUCUAUUCUCGCAAAUAAAAUGUUAUUAUUUUUUUCUAA